AUGCAGGCGCGCUACUCGGUGUCGGACCCCAACGCGCUGGGAGUGGUGCCUUACCUGAGCGAGCAGAGCUACUACCGCGCGGCGGGCAGCUACAGCGGCAUGGCCAGCCCCGUGGGCGUCUACCCGGGCCACCCGGAGCAGUACGGCGCGGGCAUGGGCCGCCCCUACGCGCCCUACCACCACCACCAGCCCGCGGCGCCCAAGGACCUGGUGAAGCCGCCCUACAGCUACAUCGCGCUCAUCACCAUGGCGAUCCAGAACGCGCCCGAGAAGAAGAUCACGCUGAACGGCAUCUACCAGUUCAUCAUGGAGCGCUUCCCCUUCUACCGGGAGAACAAGCAGGGCUGGCAGAACAGCAUCCGCCACAACCUCUCGCUCAACGAGUGCUUCGUCAAGGUGCCCCGCGACGACAAGAAGCCCGGCAAGGGCAGCUACUGGACGCUGGACCCGGACUCCUACAACAUGUUCGAGAACGGCAGCUUCCUGCGGCGGCGGCGGCGCUUCAAGAAGAGGGACGUGCCCAAGGAGAAGGGCGAGCGCGCCCACCUCAAGGACGCCAAGGGCGCCCCGGCGGGGCCCGCGCUGGCCGACGCCCCCAAGGAGGCCGAGAAGAAGGUGGUGGUCAAGAGCGAGGCGGCGUCGCCCGCGCUGCCCGCGGUCACCAAGGUGGAGACGCCGAGCCCCGAGAGCGCGCGCCAGGGCAGCCCGCGCAGCGCCCUCUCCACGCCCGCCGGCUCGCCCGCGGGCUCGCUGCCCGAGCACCACGCCGCCGUGGCCGCGCCCAACGGGCUGCCCGGCUUCAGCGUGGAGAACGUCGUGACGCUGCGAUCGUCGCCCCCGGGCCUGGUGGUGCCGCCGCUGGCGCUGCCCUACAGCGCGCCGCCCGCCGCCUACGGGCAGCCGUGCGCGCAGGGCCUGGAGGCCGGGGGCCCCGGCGGCUACCAGUGCAGCAUGCGCGCCAUGAGCCUGUACACGGGCGCCGAGCGGCCGGCUCACGUGUGCGUCCCCGCCGCCCUGGACGACGCCCUCUCGGAGCAUCCGGGCGGCCCCGCGUCGCCGCUGAGCGCCCUCGGCCUCGCCGCCGGCCAGGAGGGCGCGCUGGCAGCCGCGGGCCACCAGCACCAGCAGCACCACGGCCACCACCACCCACCCGCGCCGCCGCCGGCCCCGCAGCCGCAGCCCGCGCCCCAGCCCGGGCCCGGCGCGGCUCAGGCCCCCCCCUGGUAUGUCAACCACGGCGGGGACCUGAACCACCUCUCGGGACACACGUUCGCGGCUCCGCAGCAAACUUUCCCCAACGUCCGGGAAAUGUUCAACUCCCACCGGCUGAGUGUGGAGAACUCGGCGCUCGGGGAGCCCCAGGGGAGCGGCGCCGCGAGCUGUCAGCUGCCCUACAGGGCCACGCCGCCUCUCUACCGACCCGCGGCCCCUUACCCCUACGACUGCUCCAAGUACUGA